AUGCUCCCCAAACCCAUCCUCAUAGUCCUCUCCGCCCUCGCCUCCCUCCCAAACCCAACCCACGCCGCCGACGACACCUCCCAAAAACCCCAAAACUACGACGCCCCAUCCUCCCUCUCAAUCACACCCUCUUACCUCUUCCCCGGCACGGGCGGCUCCGCAAUCCCCCUCCUCAACCUCGGCGCGGCGGCGGCCGCAGCCUCCUGCUCCACCCUCGAGAAGCCCUGCGACAACGGCUGCAUGCCCAGCACGGGAUCCUGCUGCAACACCGGCACAGGCGGGUACUGCGAGCUCGGGAAAUACUGCGUCUCGGGCGGGUGCUGCCAGAACGGCAAGACGUGUUCUGGAGCGCCGCAGGGGUGUAGUGCCGGUAAAGUGCUUUGCAACGGGCUAUGUAUCCCUUCUGGCAAGUGUGAUAAAGGGGGAAGCGGUGGUGGCGGCGGCGGAGGAAGCCAGUGCGCAGCCGGUGAGACUCCCUGCGGGACGGGAUGUAUGCCGGCGGGUGAAGUCUGCUGCGACACAUAUUAUUGCAACGCUGGGGAGACGUGUCUGGGGAACAAAAAAUGCGACAAGGGCGGCGGUGGCGGAGGAGGCGGAGGUGGAGGAGGUGGAGGAAGCCAGUGCGCGAGCGGCGAGACUCCCUGCGGGACGGGAUGUAUGCCCGCCGGCAACGUGUGCUGCGAGACGUACUUUUGCAACACCGGCCUGACCUGUGUCGGGGACAAGAAAUGCCAGGACCCCAACAGCGGCGGCGGCGGCGGAGGAGGUGGAGGCGGAGGAGACGAUACCAGCGCAACGUCUAGUUUGCUCGCGACGCUUCCUUCCAUCGACGGUGCGACGACGUCUCUGGGAGACUUUCCUCAGCCUACACAGACGUUGGGUGGCGGUGAUGAUGGACCAACGUCGGCGUCUGGCUCUUCUUCGCCGACAGCGACGAGGCCGGGGACUACAACGACUAGCCCGGCACCGGCGUCGACAUCCUCCCGAGCUGCAGCAUUCAUGGGACGGUACGUCGAUGGCUCCGUCUUGGUCGCGGGCCUGCUCGUCGCAGCGCCGCUGGUGAUCUGA